AUGUCAAAAAGAUUGUUUCUUCACAUUGUUGAGGCUGUUAAACAACAUCACAACUACUUCACUCAGCGACGCAUUGCAUCUGGUAGAAAGGGUUUAUCAAUCUUGCAAAAAGUGACAGCCGCUUUUUGGAUCUUGGCGUAUGGUAUGCCUGCUGAUGCGACAUAUGAGUACAUCGAAAUAGGAGAGUCUACAGCAAUUGAAUGCAUGAAGAGAUUUUGUCGCGCAAUUAUAGAAGUAUUUUCGGAGCGGUAUAACUUUGAAGCUGUCGCUGAUUAUGAUUUGUGGAUAUGGCAUGCCUACUUUGGUAUGCCGGGUUGCAACAACGACAUUAACGUCUUGAAGUCAUCUAAUUUGUUUUCAAAGCUUGCUCAAGGUACCGCUCCUCCAGCUAAUAAUAUUAUUCAUGGAAGAGAGUAUAAUAUGGGUUACUAUUUAGCUGAUGGAAUUUAUCCAAAGUGGUCAACUAUUGUUGAAAUAGUGAUCCCCAAGGUCCAAAGAAAAAAUUGUUUGCAGCAAGACAAGAAGCAUGCCGAAAAGAUGUUGAACGUGCAUUUGGAGUUCUACAAUCUAAGUUUGCUAUCAUAA